AUGUACGAGCCUCCAAAAGAGCGUUUCCGCCACAUCAACAUAGAUAUCGUUGGUCCAUUUCCACCAUGUGAAGGACAACGAUACUGUUUGACUAUGAUUGACAGGUAUACUCGAUGGCCAGAGGCAGCGCCGAUGCCAGACAUGUCUGCCGAAUCUGUCUCGAAAGCAUUACUCUCGCACUGGAUAGCUCGUUUCGGAGUUCCAGAGCGAAUAACUUCGGACCAAGGAAGGCAGUUUGAUUCCGCCGUUUUCGCCGAAUUAAUGACCCUUCUUGGUACAAACCACUUACGAACAACUCCGUACCACCCGCAAUCAAAUGGAAUAAUUGAACGGUGGCACAGAAGCUUCAAGACAGCGAUUUUAUGCCACGAUCCAGCCAAGUGGGUACACAACCUACCGACAAUACUUCUUGGUCUACGCGUUGCAUUCAAACCGGACAUUAAUACCUGCCCUGCCUUACUCGUUUACGGAACAACAUUACGUAUUCCCGGCGAAUUCUUAGAAGAAACAAAAAGUAAGAAAGUUACUACCGACACUAUAUCGCAUUUUCAGUCAACAAUGAUGAAGCUACAGCCUACGCAAACAAAACACCAUUCCACUUCGAAGGUUUUCGUAUCGCCAGCGUUGCAAUCAGCCACACACGUAUUCCUGCGCAACGACUCGAUUCGUCCUUCGCUUACUCGACCCUACGACGGACCGUUCCUUGUGGUCAAGAAAUCGCCGAAGUACUUUAAGAUUAUAGUAAGAGGUCGCCCAACCAACGUAAGCAUAGAUCGGCUCAAACCAGCUUUUAUAGCAAGCGACGAAUCCAGCGAUAUAUCUAACACUCCACAAGAGGAAGAAGAGCCGCACGUUACGAUGAAACCUACUCGCAGUGGUAGACGAAUUAACAUACCCUUUCGGUACCGAUAG